AAAAAUGCCGUUUGGAUAAAAGCAACCACACUCCGUCGCUGCUUCACUAACCUUCCACCCGUUUCGGUUAAGCCUCAAAAUGGAAAAUGGAUAAUAAUAAGCUAAUAACAGAGAAACAAAGAACCUGCUGGAAACAAGUAAUAACCCAACUUCGAAAAAAAACCAAGAAAAAGUGAUUCUCUCUUUCUUUUCUAUACCGACCAUUUCCAAAACGCCACACUCACCAGCUUCCCUGAUGGCGCUCGCAUCGUUCUCGAUCCUCCGCCACCACCCCCGCACGGUGGUGUCUCCCGCCUCACCACUCCCAACUCUCAACACCAUCCUCCACCGUUGCUUCCGCUGCCUCCCGUUCGGCGCGGCGGUGGCCACCGCCAGACACCACCGAAACCCUAACCAGCAACGGCAACAGCAACCCCCAAGCAAGAACCUCCUGAAAGCAAAGCAAACCUUCAAAAAGUUCUCCUCCUCCUUGGCUCCCGUCCUCUCCCUCGAGGAUUCGCCUCCCUUGUCCGACUCUCAAGCCGUCGGCAUCGUCGCAGCCUCCCAGGCCAACUUCAUGCGCGUCAUCGUCCAAGAACAAGAACCUUCCAGAAUGAAGCUUCCAGAAGCCUCUUCUUCUUCUUCGGCUGGCUUGGAGCUACUGUGCGUGGUGAGGGAGCUGCUGAAGAAGAUAAAGCGGAGAGUGAUGGUUGGUGACAAGGUUCUAGUAGGUUCCAUUGACUGGGUUGAUCGAAGGGGAAUGAUCGAGAAUGUGUUCCAGAGGGAUAACGAGAUUCUUGACCCUCCCGUCGCCAAUGUUGAUCACCUGCUUGUGCUUUUUUCGCUUGACCAACCCAAGGUUGAGCCGUUUAUGCUCACAAGGUUCCUUGUUGAGGCCGAGUCCACUGGUAUUCCUCUCACCCUUGCGCUCAAUAAGAUUGAGCUUGUGGAUGGAGAGGCUGUAAGUUCGUGGAAGUCUAGGUUGCGCAGCUGGGGCUAUGAGCCUAUUUUCUGCAGCGUGGAGUCCGGACAUGGACUUGAUCUACUUGCAUUCAAAUUGAGAGACCAAACAACCGUGAUCGUAGGUCCUAGUGGAGUUGGGAAGUCUAGUUUGAUCAAUGCCCUCAGAAGCAAUCCCCGUGUUUGUGAUGCUGAAGAAGGGGAGAAUUGGUUCGAACCCAUUUUAGGUAGCAAGUGGUUUGAAGAACAGAGAGUUGGGGAGGUUUCAACAAGAAGUGGCAGAGGGAAGCAUACUACUCGCCAUGUCUCUUUGCUUCCAUUGUCUGGAGGGGGUUAUCUUGCCGACACACCUGGAUUUAACCAGCCUAGUUUAUUGAAAGUGACAAAGCAGUCUCUUGCACAGACUUUUCCCGAAAUCAGGAAAAUGGUUAGUGCCAAUCAGCCUGCAAAAUGCUCAUUUAAUAAUUGUCUACAUCUGGGUGAACCUGGGUGCAUUGUGAAGGGCGAUUGGGAAAGAUAUUCAUACUAUUUUCAACUGCUUGAUGAGAUCAGAAUCAGAGAGGAGUUCCAGCUAAGGACAUUUGGAACUAAAAGAGAAGGUGAUGUAAGGUUCAAAAUGGGAGAUAUGGGUGUUCAGCAGGCAGAACCACGGUUGGAACCAAAGAAGCAUAGGAGAGUGUCUCGGAAGAGGAUUAACCAGUCGAUUUUAGAUGAAUUAGAUGAACUGGAUGACAACGGCGACGACACUUCAGUUGAUGAGGAGAAUGAUCCCAUUUUAAGGGCUAUGAAGAAUGAAAACUCUUAGAAAAUAGUCAAUCACCAGCACACAUUGUAAAUAGUUUCCGACUUGCGCUUAAGUAACAGCGUAACAGCGUCCCGUAUUUCCGGUUCCCAUUACCAAAGGCAUUUUUUGAUGUUUUUGUUGACCUUCUUUGACGUAGGUUCAAGUAUGUACAGAGUCUGUUGUACUAUGUCAACAAUGGUAACGGACAUAUCUUUCUGAAAUUCUGACCAAGUGAAGCCUUGAUCUAUGCUGGUUGCCAAUGUUAGCUUGGACCAUUUCAUUAUAUGCUCCAAGUAGGGGUGUGCAUGGGCCGGGUGAAACCGGGUUUGAUGUGACCCAGACUUGGUCCGAAAUAUAUACCGGGCCUAUUUAUUAAACCCGAACGCGAUCUUAGAUCCGAUGAAACUUAUACAUUUUCGGGCCACUAUUAUAUCGGAUAAAAACCGAGUGAAAAUUGGGCCGUUAAUAUUACAUUAUCUUAAUAU